AACGAAGCGAAGUAGCGAACCGACCCAAACCAAACCGACAGCGACGGCCGUCAGCAAUGCCGCCGUUCCCCGUUCGCUUCCCGCUGCCGCCGUCGACAACCCGCGCCGCCGCGGCCGCCGUCGGGGCCGUGAUCGCCGCCGUCGCGCUCCGGCGCUACCUCUCCACCUCCCGCCGCCGGCCGUACGCCUCGGCGGCCAUGUCCGCGCUCAGGAGCAGCAGCGCCGCCGCCGGAGCCGCCACCACGCUAGUGGCGUACGGCAAGUCGCCGCAGGACCAGGAGCUCCUGGCCUCGGCAGCAGGGUCCCUCGCCCUAGGGGAGGGCGAGUCGGCCGGGGAGGUCGCCGUCGCGCUCGCCCACGAGGGCGCGGGGUUCGACGCGGGCACGUACAUGGGCGCGCUCCGGGCGCGGCGGUUCGGGAGGUGGAUGCUCUGGUCGCCGAGGGUCGGCUCCACGCAGGACCUCAUCGCGCAGAACUUUGCGAAGCUGCCGGUGGGCGUUGUGUGCGUCGCCGACGUGCAGUUCAAAGGGAGAGGCAGAUCAAAGAAUGUGUGGGAAUCGCCACCAGGGUGUCUCAUGUUCUCUUUCACAUCACAGAUGCAGGAUGUGAGAAAGUUACCCCUCAUGCAAUAUGUUGUUUGUCUUUCCAUGACCGAAGCCAUCAAAGAACUAUGCCAUGCUAAGGAACUACCAGAACUUGAUGUAAGAAUAAAGUGGCCUAAUGAUCUCUAUCUGAAAGGAUUAAAAGUUGGCGGCAUUCUAUGUACCUCAUCUUAUGAAGCAAAAGUCUACAAUAUUUGCACCGGUAUUGGUUUAAAUGUUGACAAUGAGAAGCCUUCAACAUGCUUAAAUGCUGCGCUUCAACAAGCAAAUGCUAUAUCACCCAGAUUGAAACGAGAAGAUGUACUGGCAUACUUCUUCAAUAAAUUCGAAAAUCUUUUUGAGAUCUUCUCAAAUCAAGGAUUUCAGGCCCUUGAGGAGCAGUACUAUAACUCAUGGCUUCACAGUGGCCAGAGAGUUGUCGUACAAGAUGCACAUGAAGGACAGUCUGUAGGCAGUGUCGUCACUAUCCAGGGCUUAACACCAAGUGGGUACUUAUACGCUAUUGGCGAGGAUGACAAAUCCUAUGAGUUGCACCCAGAUGGCAACAGCUUUGAUUUCUUUACUGGAUUGGUGAGGAGAAAGAUUGAAGCUUAGGGCUUCAAUACAAUACAAUACAAUACAUAGAUAUGUUCAACACACUGUACAAAUAUUAGAAGAUGUUACGAAUGGAAUGUGAACAUGUAGGCAUCAGCGCCGCCACCUGCAUCCCAUUAUGUACUUCAAAACUUGUUCUUGAAAGAAAGAACAAAUAUUUGUGUGGAAGUUAUGUACAACUGCUUUCAGAUACUCUCCAACCUUCCAUCUCAGUCUCUGACGGCUCUCCAGGUGCGCAAAUAAGGGAAGGAGCAACCAAGACUGAACUACAGGCAUGAGUUCAAAGGUCAGGAGGUUAAAGCCGCAAUGGCUGAAGACCCUUGAAAAAACCAUGGCAAGAGGGCAGGAAAACCAUGAAGCGCCUCUGCUCUGCUGCUCGCCGCAAUAGCUUCAUCUACAGGUUAGGGGCUUGGUGUGUAUUUGUAUCAGCCAUCAGGUUCUACUAUAGCUGUGACAUUGCCUUAGUUUUUGUUCCUAGCGAGUUGAGUUUUAGAGCUGCAAGUAUUAUACUGGUUGCUCCAGUGAAUUGAGUUGGAAACUGUAUUUACAUUGAAGCUCAACUUGUUUUGACUACUAACCAUAUGAAAGGAGAUCCCGUCUUUGUAUUCAUGCUGUUAUAACCA